GUAACGUGAUUGGUGGAUUCAGAUCAGUGUCGGACAGGGUGGAGCCAAAAAACAAGAAGUGACAGAAACCAACUUUCUUCCUCAGAAAACACAGAAGAAGAGAAAACGACAGAAGCAGGACUGAAGAGUGAUGGAGGCCGUGUGUGAGGACGACCUCUGCUGGCUGCAGCUCGAGGAUUUCAGGAUGCUGCUCAUCAAAACCAUCGAACCUUCAAGAAUCACUCCGUACCUGCGACAGUGCCAGGUGGUCAGUGCUGAGGAUGAGGAGCAGCUCUUUAACGACCCAGCCCUCGUCAUCAGGAGGAGAAAAGUCGGAGCCCUGCUGGACAUUCUGCAGAGGACUGGGGUCAAAGGUUACACGGCCUUCCUUGAAAGUCUGGAGCUGGAUUAUCCUCAACUGUACAGCCGCAUCACCGGGAAGGAGCCCAACAGGACCUUCAGCAUCCUCAUCGACACAGCAGGUGAAUCAGGUCUGACUCAGUUCUUGAUGUCGGAGCUCAGCCGUCUGCAGAGGGCGCUGCAGGACGAGAAGAGGCGCCGGCAGCAGGCAUGCUCCGUCGCCAAGGAACAGGAGGUGUGGUCUCAGCAGCAGCAACUGAGGGACCGCGAGCUGAGGAAGCUGACUGAGCGCGUGCACAAGAUUCGUGAGGAGCGUGAGCGGCUGAGCGAGGAGGUGAAACAGCUGCGUGAUCACAACUACAGUCUGAUGGCCGACAUCAACACUCUGGGCCAGGAGAAGAGCCAUGCCCUGCUGGCCAACAGAGACCUGCAGAUAGAGGUGGAGCGUCUGAAACACACCGUGCUGCGAGCUGAAAGUCAGACUCGAUUGCUGAGACGACGAACAAUGAGACCGCUGCAGGAGAGUAGGAGUCUGGCUCUGCCUACAGAGACCUUCUUCCACCCCAGACUGGAGGAGCUGAAGGAGGAGAAGAAGGAGGAGGAGAAGGAAGAGGAGAAUAAGGAAGAGAAGGAGGAGAGUCCAGCUCCUCAUCAUAUGACCUUCCUCACUUCAGUUUUAAGACUGAGAAGAGCCCUCCACAGAGCUGAGGAGCAGAGAGCCAGGGUGAGGAGGGUUAGGGUUAGGGUUAUCAUCACAAAUCAAUCGUAAAUAAUUAUUUAUGCAUCACUACCCUUCUAAGGCACAACAUGGGUCAAAAAUGACCCGCAUAGACCCACAAAGCCACCUCGUGUGAGUGUCUCCCCGCCACAAACCCAUCUC